AUGCUGCGCUACGCGAUCUGUAAUAGAAAGUAUUUACAAAUACCGAUAUUAUCAAAUUCUUUAUCAACAAAUCAGUUCAAUGAAUCAAAAGUUUAUAAUUUCACUUCAAGAUUACAAUCUCUGGCAGAUAAAAGUAAAAAUAUUUUAAUGAAUCGUGAUCCUUAUUGUCCACCAGAAGAUGUUGAAUUACGUAUUGAAGCUUUAAGUAAAAAGUUAUUCAAUUUGAGUUCAUCAAACAAUAAUCAAUGGAAAGCUUAUCGUUUUCAGAAUAAUGAUGAAAAAUAUAAAAUAUUUACCGCAUGUAUUACAGAGUUUAACCAUCAUAUUGCCAAUAGUUACCUUCAUGAAAUUAAUUCUAUUGAAGAUUUAAUCAACUAUUUUAUGACACCAGUAGAAACACCAGAUUUUUUAUAUAAAUUAACAUCAGAUGCUAGAAAUAAUGUUUGUCAAUUACCAUCAAAUUUAAAUAUACAAUUAGAACCAGUACGUUAUAAUCCAAAUGAAGAUCAUUUUUUCAAAGUUAAUGCUUAUCCUGGUCGAUCAACAAUUGUUAGUAAUUUGGCUGCUACUAGAAAAUAUCCAAGUUAUCGUGUUAGUCGUUUAAAACGUAUUCGAGUUGAAUAUGAAGAUAUGUAGUCAAGAUUAUCCUUCAAUGAUGUUGUAUAGGCAUUAGUAUAUUUAUGUACCAAUGCAAAUCUGUAUAUUCAUGUAUUGUUUUCAAUGAAAAUAUACUUUAAUAAUCUA